AAAAUUUUUAAAAGCCCAUAUAAACAAAGUGUGUAAAUCUUGUUUACGUUGGAAUAUAUUUUUACUGAAACAAAGAGUUAACUAAAUUGUGGUAAACUCUCUGUCAUCAGAUUAAAUAUUGUGAGAGCAACACUGAAGAAAUUAAUGUACGUCUAGAUACCAAAGUGUAACAAGAACAACAGUCUUUAUCCCAACAUCGGCAUCAUAAAACACCAGUAUAUCCACGACUAGUUAUGACAAGAACUUGGUCAUAGUCAGUUCAUACCUAUAGUGUUUGUUUGUGUGUGUACAUUCCUUUGUGUGUGUUUCUAUUUGUAUGGAGGUGUUAUAACUCUCUACCAUAAAAAAUAAAAGAUGGCAAGACGACUGAUGUAUGUUAAGGUGGUCCUUGCCACUUCAAUGGUCUGGUUUAUGCUGGAUAUAAUGCUGAUUAUGUACUAUAGUGAAUGUAACAGCCAGAAUAAUUGUAACCAAGGAAAUGCACAUGGACAGCCAGUCCUCAGAGAAGAGGGGUCCCGUCGUGUCAGUUCCCUGCCAAUUGACGUAGAUAUCUAUUCCACUGCAGGGGCUGGACCAGUACACCGAGGUCACAAUGAAGAGUCGGUAAAGGUUAAUGAGCGGCGGGCUUUUCAUCCAGAACCUCGUCAUAAUCCUGAUGGCCCGGGAGAAAAUGGGAAGGCUGUUGUGAUCCCACCGGAAAAGGAAGAACUCCAAAAAGAGAUGUUUAAGAUCAACCAGUUUAAUCUGAUGGCGAGUGACAUGAUAUCGUUAAACAGAUCUCUUCCUGACGUGCGUAUGGAAGGGUGCAAGAAUAAAGUUUAUCCUCAUGUUGAGAAACUUCCAGACACAAGUGUUGUUAUCGUUUUUCACAAUGAAGCAUGGAGCACUCUACUACGAACUGUCCACAGUAUAAUAAACAGAUCGCCACGACGGCUCAUCAAACAAAUUGUGUUAGUUGACGAUGCAAGUGAAAGAGGUUAGAAUUUUUUUUUUUUAAAUUGAUAAAUAGAUAUAAGCUGUCUAGCUAACAUUUUGCUACUGAACCAAUAAGCCAAUUUGUAUUUAGAACUGGGCAUGCUCAUAUAAUGGUCAAUCAAAUAAACACCAUACACACAACAUAGGUUUAUGUCGAUUGACGUUAAUUGACCUUGGAUACGAGUAUGUGCAGUUCUGACUACGAAUUCUCGUAUUAAUUCAAAUAACACUCAACAGUAGAAGUGGUUGGUGCAGCAGUUGUGGCUAGGACCCUCAACCUUGUUUAUCUCUACCGUGGAGAAUAAAUAGGUACCUAGUAGGACAUUGUGGCCUUGGUUUGGUGGGUACAUGUGCACGGUUUGGUAUGCUGCCCAGCGCGAGUAACAACAGUAGAAAUGAUUGAUGCAGCGGUUGUGGUGAGGACUCUAAAACUUGUUUGUCGCUACCAUGUAGUAUAAGUGGGUAUCUGGUAGGACAUUUUGGGAUUGAUAGCUGGGUACAUAUUUGGUGUAUCAGGGAGCAAUUAAGGAGGUUGCACUUUGUACUGGUUUGACAUUGUAUGUUAUCCAGUGACAAAGGGGUAAUAAUGCUCAAGCGCCAUUGAUUUGGAAUUGUAUUGUAAGCAUUAUUAUUAUUGACUUGCAACUUGUAAAAAUUAAUUUUCCAUGAAAAUUACAAAAUAUCAAAAAGUUCAUUAAAAAUAAUCAACACACAAAAACUAUUUCAGUGCUACAGUGGAGGAGAAAACCUGUUGACCAAUACUUAAAUGGUUAUCAGCCAGCUAAAAAAAUAAUAUAAUACAAAAAAAAA